ACACAGAGCAGGAUAACGUCUCCUUCAGCAGGCAGCACACACUCAUUUCUCCUCACACCAGCUCUGAGCGGAUGCUCAGCAGGGGUGUUUGAGAUAUUAGCGCGCUGUGGGGGGGGACGGCUCAGGGACUUCUUCCAUCCACCUGAGAAGAGCCGGCAGUCAGGAGGAAUAUGGGCAAAUCCGAAAGCCAAAUGGACAUCAUGGAGAAAUCAAGUAAACCAGGAAAGCGUCGUUGGACUGUUGCAGAAAUCGGUCUGUCUGUGCUGCUGCUGUUGGCCAGCUGUGCUUUGGCCGGGCUGGUCGUCCUCUACACAUCGGCUGUGAAAGAAAAAUCAGAUAAGCCGAGUUUGUCCAGGAGCUCAGCGGCUGACGGCCAGAAGUUUCGCUCCAGCCAAAACAACGUGUGCACAACCGCGGACUGUGUUACUGCAGCUGCUCGGCUUUUGCAGAACAUGGACGAGUCUGUGAAGCCUUGUGAUAAUUUCUAUCAGUACGCCUGUGGGGGUUGGCUGGAGCGACAUGUCAUCCCGGAGACAAGCUCCCGUCACAGCGUCUUUGACAUUCUGAGGGACAAGUUGGAGAUUGUCCUCAAAGGUGUUCUUGAGACAGCGAGGGAAGAGGACAGAGAUGCCAUCAAAAAGGCCAAAAUCCUUUACAGCUCCUGCAUGAAUGAAAGCCUCAUAGAGCAGCGUGACUCACAGCCUCUCCUGACGCUCAUUGACAGUAUGGGAGACUGGCCUGUAGCUUCAGAAGACUGGAACACCUUGGCAGAGGAAGCUUGGAGCCUUGAAAACACACUGGCAAUACUUACCGCCCGUUUCCACAAGAAGGCUGUACUGGAUCUGUAUGUGUGGACAGAUGACCGGGACUCUCAGCGCCACAUAAUUUAUAUUGAUCAGCCAGGACUUGGAAUGCCAUCCAGAGACUAUUAUUUCAACGAUGGAAACUACAAAAAGGUUCGAGAGGCCUACCUACAAUUCAUGGUUUCAAUUGCAAAAAUAACCAGAGAGGACAGGAACUUGACUCAGGACGAUGACCGAGUGUGGGAAGAAAUGAUGGAAGUACUGGAGCUGGAGAGAGACAUCGCCAAUGCUACAUCACCAGCAGAAGACCGCCAAGAUGUCACAGUUCUUUACAACAAAAUGACUCUUGGUGAACUGCAGAGCACAUUUAGCCUUAAUGGAUUUAACUGGACACAAUUUAUUCAAGGUGUGAUGUCAAGCGUGUCCGUUGCCACCCAGGCAGAAGAGGAGGUGGUGGUUUACGGCUCUCCCUACCUUGAGAAGAUGAAUGAUGUUCUAUCCAGGCAUAGUAUCCGAACUAUGCAGAACUACCUCAUCUGGCAGCUCGUUAUGGACAGAGUCAGUAGCUUGAGCCGCCGCUUUAAAGAUGCCAGGGCGCGUUACAGAAAGACUCUCUACGGGACCACUGUGGAGGACGCUUGGUGGAGAGAGUGUGUGCGUUACGUCCAGAGCAGCAUGGAGAACGCAGUGGGAGCUCUGUACGUUCGCGAGACAUUUGCAGGAGAAAGCAAGCAAAUGGUUAGUGACCUCAUCAGUAAGAUACAGAAAGCUUACGUCGAAACAUUGGAGGAGUUAAGCUGGAUGGAUGUUCGCUCAAAGGAAAAGGCGAGGGAAAAGGCUAUGGCCAUGAAGGAGCAUAUUGGCUAUCCAGAUCAUAUUCUUGAAGAAAGCAACCAGAAGUUAGAUCAAGAAUAUGCUCAUUUAAAUUUCAGUGACGAAAACUACUUUGAGAACAUCCUCGAGAACCUCAAGUCCGAAGCACACAAGAGUCUGAAGAAGCUCAGAGAGCCUGUUGAUCCGGAUUUGUGGAUCAUUGGUGCUGCCGUGGUGAACGCAUUCUACUCACCAAACAGAAACCAGAUAGUGUUUCCCGCAGGAAUCCUGCAGCCGCCUUUCUUCAGUAAACACCAGCACCAGGCCCUUAACUUUGGAGGAAUAGGCAUGGUCAUUGGACAUGAGAUCACACACGGAUUCGAUGACAAUGGGCGUAAUUUUGACAAGGAUGGUAAUAUGCUAAACUGGUGGAGCAAUUACUCUGCUGAACACUUUAAAGAUCAGUCACAGUGCAUGGUGCAACAAUAUGGCAACUUCUACUGGAAGCUAGCAGGGGGACAAAAUGUCAGUGGAAUCAGUACCUUGGGGGAAAAUAUUGCAGACAAUGGAGGUGUUCGGCAAGCCUACAAGGCUUAUCUGAAGUGGGUGGACACGGAGGGUGAAGAGCCUUGUUUACCUGGUCUCGACAUGGAUCACAAACAGCUCUUCUUUCUUAACUUUGCCCAAGUGUGGUGUGGUGCUUAUCGGCCUGAAUAUGCCAGCCAGUCCAUCAAAACAGACUCACACAGUCCUUUAGAGUACAGGGUCCUUGGAUCGCUCCAGAAUUUUGAAGCCUUCUCAGAAGCCUUUCAGUGCCAAAAAGGCAGUCCGAUGAACCCUGAGCAGAAGUGUCGUGUCUGGUAGAAUUUCUGCUACUUUUGACAUGCCAACUCAUAUCAAAAGAACAAGUUUUACUUUUUAAUCCUACAGAGAACAUUUUACUGACAAAAUUCUUACAUAUUAUUCAGUGCCAAGUUACAACACAGACAUGUUCAUAAAUGGAAAUAUAGAUAUGUUGUAGAUAUAUGAACAUUGGGUGAUUACAAAGCUUUGUGGGAAACCGUUGUCUCUGGAUGAGGAGGUCACUUUGGUUUCGUGUCCCGCAGCAGAUGACAAGUGGGGACAUGAAUGAAAAGAUAACAUAGAAAAUAUAAAACUGUGUGAGAAGGUUGAAGCUGAAUGGCUUAAAAUGCUGACCCAGCCUUUGCUGAAUGCUGAAGAAGUAUCCUCCACAGAUAUGUCGAAUUCAUCGAGAAAGAUUUAGCACAGCGAUGCCUCUGGGCUUUGGUUUUAAUGUACUGUUUUCAAGACACUUUAAAUGGAAAACGAAGGAACAAAUCUAACUGUGGCUGAAAAGCACAGAAUAAAAUAAUGGGAGCUUUGCUGAAGUAAAGCUGCAUCGAAUUAGUCACCCUCUGAGAGUUUGGUCAUUUCUACAUGAAAAUAAAUUACCUAAAGACUUUAAGACUGUUAAAUCUUUGCAGCUAUAAGCUUGAAUUAAAAUUUGUUGAGAGCUGCAGCUUUCCUCAUUUUAUUCACAGUGAGAUUAAAUAUUAAACAUUUACAAAGCUAUAUAGUGCUUUUUGGAGGAUGUGUUUUCUUAGUUUCUUUACUAUGUUAUGCAAAUGAUUGUUACUCAAUACUCAGUGCAGAAGUUCAUAUGUUUGUCUAAACAGUUUGUUGUAAGAAAUCCUAUUCCACUUGUUUUGAAAAAUAUUGUCGGCCUGCAGCGUUUUAGUUUGUGCAAAAAUAGGGUGAAGUGAUGUUGAUAUUAAUCGCGUAGAUGGUUUCUCCCAGUU